AUGCUCAUAACUCGGCACGCUGCAAUCCUCGCCGCCGGGCUGCUGCUGCUCACGCCGGUCGCAGGCGCUUUUCUCUUUCUCGGUCGUAGACUGCGGCGACGUGCGUUGCGGAGCGCCCGCUGCACGCUCGUCGUGAAGCUAGGAGGAUCGGCUGUCACCGACAAGACGUGCUUCGAGACCGUCCGUGUUGCAGCUCUGCGAGAGACGGCGUGCGCGCUGUCGCGGUCGCCGCUCCUCGCCGGCACGGUACUGGUCCAUGGCGCGGGCUCGUUUGGCCACUUUCACGCUCGGGAGCACGGUGUCUCGCGCGGCACGGCGCACAGCGCCUUCUCGUGGCGCGGCUUUGCGCUGACGAGAUCGUCGGUCACGCGGCUGAACGGCAUCGUCCUCACCGCGCUCCUCGAGCAGGGGAUCGCGGCCUGCGGCCUCCCGCCCUUCCCGCGCUGGGUCUUGUGCGGCGGUGCGCUGACCGACACAGACGAGCCGCUCGGAGAGGUGCGCAGCCUGCUCUCGCGGGGCGUCGUGCCUGUGCUGCACGGCGACGCGGUCUUUGACGAAGCCCGCGGCGCCGCCAUCCUGUCUGGCGACACACUCGUCGAGGAGCUGUACGUGGCCGGCAUCUUCCACCGCCCGCCCGGCGAGGACGGCGCAGCGCUCCUCCGCCGGAUCGUCGUCGGCCCGUCUGGCGAGGUGGUCGACUUGCCGCAGAUGCGGACGGCGGCGCACGACGUGACGGGGGGGGUUGCGGCGAAGCUGAGCGCCGCAGCUCGCGUCGCGGCAGGCGGGGUGCCUGUGGUCAUUGUCGAGGUUGGGACUGUGCACGCCGAGGCUGCGCUGAGAGGCGAGUGGCCCGAGCGCUGCACAGUCGUCACAGGCCGUGGUGAGACGCGGCAUACACGUGCAUGUGCUUGA